AUGUCGACUAUGAAGAUGAAGACGACCCACAAGCAGAGAGACACGGCGGAGAAGUUCCGAAAGGCGCAGGAGGCGUACGGCGUCGCUGAUCAGGAGGAGAGCUUCUACAUCACGUCCACGAGCCUGGGCAAGGACGGGCAUUUCCCAAGGCAGUGCACGGGCGACGGGUCCGUGCAGCACCACGAUCUGUCGCCCGCCCUUGAGUGGCACGACGUGCCCGAGGGCACGGAGACGCUCGCCAUUGUGAUGGAGGACAUCGACGCGCCGGACCCGGAGGCGCCCAUCGUUCCCUUCACGCACUGGUCAGUGCAGCCUUUCAUCCAUGAUGCUCAUCCCGAUGGCCUUGCAGGGCUGCCGGCGGGGUUUUCAACCAAGGACCAUGCCAAUGACCCAAAAUACGAGGGCGUACAGGAAGGCGUGAACGACUUCAAGCUGCCGCACUACCGCGGGCCCAACCCGCCCACUGGCACGCACCGCUACGACAUCGCUGUGUACGCGCUGGACUGCCGUAUCCACAUGGGCAAGAUCACCAAGGAGAAGCUGCAGGAGGCAAUGGAGGGGCACGUGCUGGGGGAGGCCCACCUGGUGGGGACAUACAGCAAGGAGAAGUUCCCAUCAGGCUAUGACCAGAGUGUGAUUGCUCCUCAGGUGAAGGAGCAGCCGUUUGGUCACUCCCAGCAUGCCCUGGGAAGAUAG